AUGGAUAAGUAUAAAACAUCAUCAAGACGUAUUUAUCAGAUUUGGAGAGGUGAAGAAACUAAAAGAGUUGCUUGGGAUCAACCAAUACCUCAAUUCUAUAAUGAAAAUGAUUUGAAUCAAGAUAGUUGUGAAACUAUUAUGAAUAAGAAUACUCCUCAUAUAAAAUCUCAAAAAAGAAGACCGAAAUCAAAACCUACUCAAAUAUCUUCUCCCCUUAUUUCUGAAAAUAUAGAUCAUAUAAAUUCAGCAGAAUCUCGGAGUGAUAUUUCUUCUGCAUAUAUUUCAGAUGCGCACGAGUCAUUUAGAAGAGAAGUAGAAGGUGCUGAAAAAAUAUUAUUAAAAGCUGGACAUAAAAAACCACCUACCUUGUGA